GGAUAAUCAUACAAUUUCUUUUGGCUCUUGUGGCCUUCUUAUCAAUGAAAUUUACAGCAUAGAGUUUUUGUUUAAUGGUAGACCGGUGUUAUUGACAAGCCAAAAAUAUGGGCAUAUCUCCGCCUCACGUUCUGAGGCCGACUUGGUGGCGUGAUUUGAAAGGCAUACGACAAUCCCUCAACAUCAUAAUGCGAGAACACAGAUCCGUACUGGUUUCAACUGUUUCAGAGAUUGGGCAUUUAAAGUUGUACGGCAAAACAUUCGAGAUCUGCGUAACAGCUUCUAACUGUGGUUGUCAGGUCGCCUAACUUUUGUGCUUGUCUUAUUCCCAAUUGUUGUCUAUCGUUUAAAAUAAUUAGUGCAUUUCAGACUGACAUAGCAGCGUGUCAUCUGGGCAUGUGUAAACGGCAUUGUAACUGAAGAAUUCUGUAAAUGUCAUAUUUAAUUCGUCAGUUACCUGCAUAACUAUUCAAAUCUAGGGAAAACAAAGUGCUCUAAGCUAUGUUGGAACAAAGUGCCAAUGUCUCACCUUUUACGCCAAGGGAAGACAAAACCUGUUGGAUUUGUUUGAGUUCUGAAGUAGAUGGUAACUCGGCCAACUUAUGGAGCAGACCUUGUCGCUGCCGUGGCGCACUGAAAUGGGUUCAUCAAACGUGUCUUCAAAGGUGGAUUAGUGAACAACAACACAGCAGAGGAGAAUCGAAUUCUAUUUCAUGUCAGAUAUGUAAUACACCAUAUAUAAUAGUUUAUCCUGAUUGCGGAUUUUUCUAUGAUUUUCUUCAGUCUGUUGACCAAAUUACUCGCUCUCUAUCAUUUGUUCUUACUGGUGGGAUUAUUUUCGGCUCAUUUUACUGGUCUGCUGUAACGUACGGAGCUGUAACAGUAAUGCAAGUUUAUGGACAUCGUCAAGGUUUACAAGCUAUGCGGCUCACAGAUCCUCCUCUUCUACUGCUAGGUCUCCCGACUAUUCCUUUGUGUCUUGUUUUGGCGAAAGCAGUUCAAUGGGAAAGUAGACUGCUUAUGUUAUGGAGGAACCAUAUAAGUCGUUUACCCUUUAUUCAGCUGUUCAGACGCAAAGAUCUCCCCACCUGGCCUGUUAAUGAUGUUGAUAUAGAACUACGCCCAGAACUCUCUGAUAUACCUCGUUUAUUUUGUAGUGCAUUAGCUCUUCCAACAAUAUCUACCGUUCUGGGACACUUAUUAUUUAAACGAGUGCAGUCUGCUACACACAGAGUUCUCCUGGGUGGUUUGACGUAUCUUGGAGUGAAAGGGCUACUGACUAUAUAUUAUCAAGAGUUGCAAUAUAUCCGUAUAUGCUAUAGACAAGUAAAAGAUUAUGAUGAAUAAUUAAUAUUGAGAUUUCACAGCGAUAUUAGAAUCAUUAUAUUUAUGUAUUAAUUGUACAGAACAAAUAUAUAAGCGUGAUAGUUUUGAGGUUGAUUUUUCACUUUAUAAAAAUUUAAUGGUAAGCUGAAUAUACGUUUCUAUCCUA